GCAGGAUUGUCACACCACCUCAUUUCAUCGGUGAGUUGGGACAUCUUUUCUUCUGCUACUGAGCCGAACUUCACAACAGAAUCUCCCAAGAUGAAUUGGGUGAAAUUUCUACUUCCACUUGUGGUUUUGACUUUGAGUCUUCCUGGCAACGGUGCACGCGUAGACAUAAUGCAGACAGCAACAGAUACCCCACUAGGACAACAAUCCGACAUGGACCUCCCAAAGGGCUGUAACACCUGCUGUCACGUGAUCGUAGGUCCUCCAGGACCGCCGGGGAUUCCGGGCAUCCCCGGAAUUCCAGGUCAAGGACAGAAGGGGGAGUCUGGUUUGAAGGGGGAGAUUGGAGAGACAGGACCAGCUGGGGAGAAAGGAGAUCGGGGACCUCCAGGAAAGCUUGGUCCUAAAGGAGCUCCUGGCGUCGGUCUUCCAGGAGAGGUCGGAGCAACCGGAGACCGUGGCAGCAGAGGUGCUCCUGGGGUAAAUGGGGCUAAAGGUGCCCCAGGAGUUGGAGAGACGGGAGCAAGAGGGCCGGUAGGACCUACGGGGGAUCAAGGAGCAACUGGUGGCAGAGGGCCUCAAGGAGUUAUUGGACCUGAGGGGAAACGUGGGCCGCAAGGACCUCCAGGAUCACAAGGAACUAAAGGUGAUAGAGGUACCCUAGGACCUAGGGGCUCAAAGGGCGACCGUGGCGUAUCAGGACCUGCAGGACCUAAAGGGGCAAUGGGUGGGAGAGGCUCUACGGGUGCUACAGGACCUAAGGGAGAUCGUGGGAUGACAGGACCUAAAGGGGCAACAGGUGGGAGAGGAUCUACAGGAGCUACAGGACCUAAGGGCGGCCGUGGGGCGACAGGACCUGCAGGACCUAAAGGGGCAACGGGUGGGAGAGGCUCUACGGGAGCUACAGGACCUAAGGGAGAUCGUGGGACGACAGGAACUAAAGGGGCAACAGGUGGGAGAGGAUCUACAGGAGCUACAGGACCUAAGGGCGGCCGUGGGGCGACAGGACCUGCAGGACCUAAAGGGGCAAUGGGUGGGAGAGGCUCUACAGGAGCUCCAGGACCUAAGGGCGGCCGUGGGGCGUUAGGACCUGCAGGACCUAAAGGGGCAACGGGUGGGAGAGGCUCUACGGGAGCUACAGGACCUAAGGGAGAUCGUGGGACGACAGGAGCUAGAGGGGCGACUGGUGGGAGAGGCUCUACAGGAGCUCCAGGACCUAAGGGAGAUCGUGCGAUGAUAGGACCUAUAGGACUUAAAGGGGCAAAGGGUGGGAGAGGUUCUACAGGCCCAAAGGGGAAUCGUGGGGCAACAGGACCUAAAGGAGCCACUGGCAGUGCAGGUCCUGAAGGAAUGAGAGGUCAAAAAGGGGAGAAUGGGCAUCGUUUCUUCAGGCAUGGGGGUUCAGACCCAUGUGAAUAUUGUUAAUUUCAACAUUUAACAGGAUCAUUUCCUCCAACAAUGCUCACCUCACCACAUAGGGAUCAAUGUCACCCAUUAUUAAACAUUUUUUAACAAACUCACCAUUCUGGGGGAUACUAAUGCUUUAUGCUACUAUUUUUAUGACAUAGGAAAAUUUUGAUAAAAACAACAAACCUCUAUCCUCACAAUAUAAUACCGAAGACCAAAAUACCACGGUUCCGUAAAGUUCGCGCAUGUGCCGGGCAUUCACGCGCAACUGCGUGUCAGUUCUUGAUGUCGGUGACGACACAUACCCAUCUACUCCUGGUUGGAGAGAAGCAAUUGAUUAAUUUCAAGUUGACACUGAAAACCGGGGGGCCUUAGUGCGGUCUUUGAGUGGAUUAACAAAAAGAAAAGGUCCCCAACAGCAUAGCACUGACAGACGUGGUCUCAAUUCCAAUUUUGAAAUUAUUCAGUUAGUGUAAAGCGUCCAGCCUAGGGACAUGAGUGCGCCAAACUAUACUCACAAUGUG